CAUAAAAUGCUGUUUGACACUUCGCAGUCUCCGUAGAAUAGGGAACACCUUGGCAACUCAAAGUUGUUACUGUUGUCAAGUUAGCCUUUUCGCUAGGCUUCGCUAUUUAGACUUGUACCACAGCUAAAUGGCGAAAGGAGACAAAAAGAAAAAAGGGCUAGACGCCAGCCCGUCACCAAAAGCAUCGUUAAUUAAAUUAGGAGCCUCUAUAGCUAGCCCUGGAUAUGAUCCAGUAACUGAAGAUGUGACCGCAGAACCGGAGAAUGAGUUAUCCUCAGCAUCUGCUGUGUCACAAUUACAACCUGCUGCUCAGCAUGAAGCGAAAGAGACCCCUAAAGAAAUUCCUUUCCUUGUCAACAUAAUCAUCGAAAGAUAUGAAGGUGAAAAGGUUAAUGGCCUGUUCCAAGGAGAAGGGGUCGCACAUUUCCAUGGAGGUCAUGUUUACAAGGGUUUGUUUUCAGAGGGACUAAUGCAUGGACGUGGCAUCUACAUAUGGGCAGAUGGAGUUAAAUAUGAGGGAGACUUUGAUUCUAAUGUCCCCAUGGGUCUUGGGAUCUACACAUGGCUGGACGGAAGUUACUAUGAGGGUGAGGUGUUCAAUGGAAUUCGUCAUGGUGGUAUGGGAAUGUACAGGUGUGGCAAAACCUCUGUCACUUACAGAGGACAGUGGCACCUUGGGCACCGACAUGGCAAGGGUAUCAUAUACUACACCCAGAGGGUGACAUCUUGGUAUGAAGGAGACUGGGUCAACAACGUCAAGGAAGGAUGGGGCGUUCGUUGUUAUCCAUCUGGAAACAUAUACGAGGGUCAGUGGAAGAACAACGUCAGACACGGAGAGGGGAAGAUGAGGUGGCUGCAGCUGGGCCAACAAUACAAUGGAUCAUGGGAAAAUGGCAUUCAGCAUGGAGAAGGUACACACACGUGGUAUCUGAGGAGAGUUCCUGGCACUCAGUACCCUCUGAGAAAUGAGUACACAGGGACUUUUGAGCAGGGCCUUCGUCACGGUCAAGGCACCUUCUACUACGCAAGUGGAGCUGUGUAUAAGGGUGAAUGGAUGUCUAACAAAAAGCAUGGCCAGGGCAAGUUUAUUUUCAAAAAUGGACGCAUAUUUGAAGGGGAGUUCAUUGAUGAUCACAUGGCAGAGUUCCCGUCAUUUUGCAUCGACGGCUUUCAAACUCCAGAUCUUAGUGGGAUCCGGACACACACUCCCACUUCCUGUGAAGACGAUCGUCCUAGACGAGCUGUGGGCUCGUCUGGUUGGGCCUCAGUGCUCGGACCUGACAUGACUCUUGACAUCCAUACGCUGCUGGAAAAACUCCCUGAGGCUCACAGAGACGCAGAACUCAAACAGGUGGAGUUUGCUGUGCUGCGCCACAUCGCUGAGCUCCGCGCAAUCUACAGCUUCUACAGCAGCCUGGGCCUCGGCGAGUCGCCAGACAACACCUUCUUGCUCACGCGCCUGCAGCUGUGGCGCAUGCUGAUGGACUGCGACGUGCACCUGAGCGCCAUCACCCUGGCCCACAUGGAUCGCCUCGUCACUGGGGAUAUCCCACCUGAAGAGAUUCACUCCCCCCUCGCCACCAUGUUACUUAGGAAUUUCGUCAGCAUUUUAGUCAUCCUGGCAUAUCACAUGUACCAUAAGGAAGUUGGAACAUCUGGUAAUGGUGUCAUUGUUGGAUGCUUCUCCAAGCUGAUGAGAGAGAACAUUAUCCCUAACGUGAUGCAUGUCAAAGGCCUUCUCUUCCGGGACCCAGUACGAGCAGUGAUUGCUAUGAAUUACAUUGACAAAAGUUGGGAGAUUCACCAGACCUUCUGUCAAGUCAACUCAAUCACACACCCAGACAAAACCAUGACCAUGAGGCAGUUCAUAUGGAUGUUCAAAGAUCUUCAUCUGUUUGACAGCGUUCUGACACCUAGAACAGUCUUACAGAUCCUGUCUCUGGAGAACCCAUCGGUCUACAGUGACUCCCAUAGCAAUCUGGAUGUAGAGAUGGUGUUCCUGGAGUUCUAUGAGGCGCUGCUGGGCUGUGCCGAAGUGAAGAGCCAGAUGGGUGUGCAGCCGUCGGCAGAGAGCCUUAGUGAGGCGAUGACUUCUCUAGCCCAGGCUCCUCAGUACACCUCUCCUCUGGUUGGAUCAAUGGUGAAGUCUUCAAACCACAUGUCGGCCGAAGGGAGCAGCGUUAAAUCAGUUGAGGUGAUGAAAUCCAACGAGAGAGACACCCCUCACACACCUGAGGAGAUGGCCUGUAGACAGAGCCCAGCAGGCACCGGUAGCUGUGCAGAGACGGAUAGCUGUGAUGCUGAACCGGUCUCAGACACCCUGGUCGAGUCUUUGGCCGCUCUAGAUCCUAAAG